AUGAUGAGAAAGUCGGACGGGUGGCCUUGGCUGAUGCGUUCGCGGGGGAAGCACGAUCUUGUCUUUUGCCACAACGACCUCUCUGCGAACAACGUCAUCGUGGAGGCCGCUACCCUAAAGAUCAAGGCCAUUAUUGACUGGGAGUACGGAGGGUUCUUUCCGCCCGAGUUCGAGAAGCCUUUUUACCUGCGAGCUGGUCCCUCGGUGGCGCUUCCGGGCGAGAUAGACGACACCGACGUUUUGACGAACCUGAUGAACCAAGAGAAGGUUUAG